UUCUCCAUUUCUAUAGGCUUGCCGUUUUCACCCUGCAGACAAAACAAUGCACUCCAACCGCACACACACCAAAUCAACUAAUUCUGUACCACCACCACCACCACCACUCUCCUCCCUCCACCUCCACUCCUCCGCCGCCUUCCAGUCAUUCACCAUCACCCCAACUUUCUAAGGACCUAUCAAGAAAUUUACCCUUUCAGACCCAAAAAUUUAAUCAUUACCAUUCGCCAGAUAACUUCAAGGGAGCCUCUGCAAUUGCAUCCAGGAGGUGCGGAUCCACCAUUGAGCUUGUUCAAACAUGGAAGAAAAACAACCAAAUCAUUCUAUUGAAGAAACUGACAACCUCAUCAGUGGAGGCAAUCGAAAUAUCAUUUUCGGAAAAUAUGAGAUGGGAAGAAUUCUAGGACAAGGCACUUUUGCCAAAGUCUACUAUGGGAAAAACCUUCAAUCCUCCGAAAGUGUAGCGAUUAAGGUUAUAAACAAAGAUCAGGUGAAGAAAGAAGGUAUGAUGGAGCAAAUCGAGCGGGAAAUCUCUGUUAUGCGAUUGGUUCGACACCCCAACGUUGUUGAAAUCAAAGAAGUGAUGGCCACUAAGCAGAAAAUUUUCUUUGUAAUGGAAUAUGUAAAAGGGGGAGAACUUUUUGCCAAAGUGGCGAGAGGGAAACUGAAAGAAGAUUUGGCAAGGAAAUAUUUUCAGCAGUUAAUUAGCGCGGUGGAUUAUUGCCAUAGCCGCGGCGUUAGCCACCGUGAUUUAAAGCCGGAAAAUCUGCUUUUGGAUGAAAAUGAGAAUUUGAAGGUGUCGGAUUUUGGGUUGUCGGCCUUGCCUAAGCAGUUGAGAAACGACGGACUUUUGCACACUCGUUGUGGGACUCCCGCAUAUGUGGCGCCGGAAGUUCUGAAGAAAAAAGGGUAUGAUGGAGCAAAAGCUGACAUUUGGUCAUGUGGGGUGAUUUUAUACGUGUUAUUGGCCGGAUUUCUUCCAUUUCAAGAUGAAAACAUGAUGAGAAUGUAUAGAAAAGUUAUCAAGGCAGAAUUUGAGUUUCCACCCUGGUUUUCACGUGAAUCAAAAAGGUUAAUUUCAAAACUUUUGGUGGCUGAUCCUGAAAAAAGAAUUACAAUUCCAGCUAUUAUGAGAGUCCCUUGGUUCUACAAAGGGUUCACUAGGUCGAUUUCUUUUUCAAUUCAAGAAACAGUUCAAGAAAAUCUUGAUGCUUCAGAAAGUAAAGAACCAGAUUUGUUAAGAUCACAAUCAUCCCCUCCUUUCUAUAAUGCAUUUGAAUUUAUAUCAUCGAUGUCUUCGGGAUUUGAUUUGUCGAGUUUGUUCGAGGGAAGGAGGAAAUCGGGAUCUCUUUUUACAUCGAAAUGUUCAGUUUCUAUGAUUAUGAGCAAGCUAGAAUCAGUUGCCAAGAAGCUGAAUUUUAAGGUUUUAUUGGCCAAGGAUUUUAAGAUGAAAAUGCAGGGGUUUUCCGAGGGACGAAAAGGGAAGUUGUCAGUGACAGCAGAGGUGUUCGAGGUGGCGCCGGAGGUGGCAGUCGUGAAGUUCUCCAAGUUGGCUGGUGACACUCUUGAGUACCAAAAGUUUUGCGAGGAGGAUGCGAGGCCUGCCCUUAAAGACAUCGUUUGGAGUUGGCAAGGGGAGAGUUGUAGCUGCCUAGAAUAAUUGUCUUUCUUUGUAUGCAAUUCUAAAUCAUAGUAUCAACAAAAUUGUAAGUUCUUUUUCUUAUUUAAUAUGGUCAAGUACUGUUCAGUUCGCUUGCCAAACAUGCAGUACUAAAAUUCCGAGGAAUGUUUGUUGAUGGUUAA